UCACUACUAGCGCACUAAAGCUACUUCAUUUCGUAUGCCAGUGAAGUCAUGGGGGCUGUGUUUCUCAGCCAUUACUGACAGCUGAGAGUCUUCUUAUAACAAGACAUUAAACGGAGAGCUCUCUUCAUCAUAAGCUGCCAGGUCAGGCGUGAACAUGGAGUCUAUGCUUAACAAGCUAAAAAGCACCGUCACCAAGGUGACGGCAGAUGUCACCAGCGCUGUCAUGGGCAACCCGGUGACACGGGAGUUUGAGGUUGGACGACAUAUUGCCAGCGGGGGUCCUGGCUUGUGCUGGAGGAUCUAUAACGGCACCAAGAAGUCCACCAAACAGGAAGUCGCAGUGUUUGUGUUUGAUAAGAAGACGGUUGAUAAGUAUCAGAAAUUUGAGAAGGACCAAAUUGUGGAUUCGCUGAAAAAAGGGGUGCAACAGCUGACCAGACUGCGUCACCCCCGUCUCCUGACUGUGCAGCAUCCUCUUGAAGAGUCACGAGACUGCUUGGCGUUCUGCACGGAGCCCGUGUUUGCCAGUCUGGCCAACGUGCUGGGCCAGAGGGAGAACCUGCCCACCCCCCUGCCCACCGACAUCAAGGAGUACAAACUGUACGACGUGGAGACCAAGUUUGGACUGCUGCAGAUCUCCGAGGGAUUGUCUUUUCUCCACAGCGGGGUGAAAAUGGUCCACGGCAACCUGUGUCCAGAGAACAUCAUCCUGAACAAGAGCGGAGCCUGGAAGAUCAUGGGCUUUGACUUCAGCAUCUCCUCCAACAACCCCUCAGACGCUGAGCCUAAGUACACAUGUAAAGAGUGGGAGCCCAACCUCCCCCCACUCUCCCUCCCUAACCCUGAGUACCUGGCCCCCGAGUACAUCCUGUCCGUCAGCUGUGACUCCGCCUCCGACAUGUACUCGCUGGGCGUGGUCAUGCAUGCCGUCUUCAACGAGGGCAAGCCUGUUUUCCAAGUCAACAAGCACGACAUAUUCAAGAGCUUCAGCAGGCAACUGGACCAGCUGAGCAGCAUAAGUCCAGCAGUGCUGAACAAGCUCCCAGAGGAGGUUCGGGAACACGUCAAGAUGCUGCUCAGCGUCACACCCAACGUGCGACCGGAUGCUGAUCAGAUGACCAAGAUUCCAUUUUUUGACGACGUGGGUGCUGUGACCCUGCAGUACUUUGACUCCCUCUUCCAGAGAGACAAUCUACAGAAGUCCCAGUUCUACAAAGGCCUCCCUAAAGUCCUGCCCAAACUCCCCAAGAGAGUGGUGGUGUAUCGGAUCCUUCCGGCUCUGACCUCAGAGUUUGUGAACCCGGACAUGGUUCCCUUCGUGCUGCCCAACGUGCUGCUGAUCGCAGAGCAGUGCACCAAGGAGGAGUACGUCCGGCUCAUCAUGCCCGACCUCACGCCUGUUUUCAAGCAGCAGGAGCCCAUUCAGAUCCUGCUGAUAUUCCUUCAGAAGAUGGACCUGCUGUUGACCAAGACCCCCUCAGAGGAGAUUAAGAACAGCGUGCUGCCGAUGGUCUACAGAGCCCUGGAAGCGCCUUCUGUACAGAUCCAGGAGCUGUGCCUGAACAUCAUCCCAACGUUUGCCAACCUGAUUGACUACCCGUCCAUGAAGAACGCUCUCAUCCCUCGAAUCAAAUCCGCCUGCCUACAGACCUCUUCACUUGCUGUACGAGUGAACUCCCUGGUGUGUCUGGGGAAGAUUUUGGAAUAUCUUGACAAGUGGUACGUCAUCGAUGAGAUCCUGCCCUUCCUACAACAGAUCCCCUCCAGAGAACCAGCAGUACUCAUGGGGAUUCUGGGAAUCUAUAAGUGCACCUUCAGCCACAAGAAGCUGGGCAUCCCCAAAGAACACCUUGCCACCAAGAGCCUGCCCCACCUGGUCUCUCUGAGUAUAGACAACAACCUCAACCUUAGCCAGUUUAACUCGUUCAUGGCGGUCAUUCGGGAAAUGCUGAAUCGGAUGGAGGCCGAACACAAGACCAAGUUGGAGCAGCUGCACAGCAUGCAGGAGCAGCAGAGGAGUAUAAACAUCCCAAACCCAGGGAACCAGACAGAGAUGAACAAGAGCCCUCCUAACAGCAGCAACCAGAUUGAUGAUAUCUUCGGCUCCUCAGGGGUUAACGGGAAAGAGAAUGGACCUGCAGCAGCCGCCCCACAGCCUAAUAGAAUGUCUCUGACUCUGGAGGAGAAGCAGCGAUUGGCUAAGGAGCAGGAGCAGGCCGUCAAGCUGAGGAACCAGCAGCCUUUAGCGCCUCAGAGCAUCAAACCAGCCAACACUUCCAACACCAAGACUAAAGAUCUUACCAGCAGCCUGCUCAACAUGACCUCGCUAAACAGCCUCUCAUUGGCCAACACGGCUCGCCCCUCCCCAGUGCAGGGCUCCACCAUCGCUGCCUUCCCCUCCCCCGGCCCCAUGGUCGGCUCCAUGGGCGUCCCAGUCUCCAACGGCUUCAACCCGUCCAUGGGCUUCCAGGCAGGGGGCAUGGGGAUGGGCAUGCGUCCUGCGGGCCCCGGCCUCUACAGCGGCAUGGCAACCACCACCAGCACCCCCAACUUCGGAGCUCUGACGCAGAGUCAAGGACCCAUCGGGCAGACCAAUAAAGAUCUGUCAGCGUUGGACAGUCUUUUUAAACCCAGCCAGCCCAAAGUCACCCUCAACCAAAUGGCCCCGCCCAGCACCAACGCCCCGUGGCUCAAUCAGUUUGGUUCGGCCCAGAACGCUCAGACUCAGAUGCACGCUGCUCCUGUUGCUAUGGGAGGGGUGCCCAGCAGCUUCGGGAUGCAAGCAAACCCUUUUUUCAGCCCGCAGAACUUUGCUCCACCCUCCGCUGCUGCCCCCAGCCCCCUGAACCAAAGUGGAAUUAAACAUAGCGCAUCUGUCAACAACGAUCUGAAAGACUUGUUCGGCUAGAUUGCCAGGUUAAACAUAUUAUUUUAGUAAUUUUGGAUAAGAGAACCUUGAACAAGAGACUGAUUGAAUGUGAAGAUUUCAAAUCCGAUCAAGGGUGUUGCUGUGUGUAUUUUUAAACAUGAUCUAGUAUAAAUUCUGCUCACAUUCGGCUGGCAAAUUAACCUGCGCCUGAUUCAAUUUCUACUUGACCACAAGGACAAAAGGCUGGGGUGGGUACUAAUUCUUCUAAGCUGUGUUUCUUUACAUGCUGCGGUUUCCUACUGAUUUUCUACUUGACAUUCUCGGGCGUCCCAACGUCGUGAGUUGAGAUGAAUCCCAACUCAGUUAAUUCAGGAGAGUUUUGUGUUCAUAUCAUGAGUGAUUGAGUGGCUGAAUCACCCCUCAAAAUUGGCAGAAAAAUAAGGAAAAAAGUGGCUUCACAUCUGCUCAGUUUCAGGCUGCUGUAUCUUUAUUGCUUCUCUGGACUAUUUUAAGAUUGGCUGCAUGUCUAAAGGGAUCAGAGAGUUGGCUUAAAAAUAAAUGUCAGAGCCCAGUGGGAGGGGGCUUGAAGAGUAGCACUGAUCUGCAUCCAGGAAGCUCCUCCAGAGACAAUCUGAAAGGAGGAAAAUGGAAAGCCCAACAGUCGCAGUUUAGAUGGGAGAGGUAGCCCCACUGCAGUCCGUCUCCAUGGUAACUGUGUCUCUGCAGCACCUCCGAGUGGACUGAUGAUCCAGUUUGACCCUUUUGUCUUAUUCUUUCAACAUCAGGUUCAAAAGCUGCAAAACAUGCUCUUAUUUGCUUGUUUCUCGACUUCCAAGCAAGCAUGUUGAAAAGGGAAGGGUUACUGUUCUCUGGUAAAUGCAGUAUGGACGAUUUAUGUGUCUUAUAGUGGAAUAGGAUGUGUGGAUUAGCUAUUACAGCAGCGUCCUUUAAAAAGAUGCUAAUGCUAAAGGCAAACGUGAAGGACCACAUGCACUGCUUAGGCUGUUGUGCCUUACAUGGGUACAUGUGUAGGAUUAGACGGACAGCACUCAUCUGUUACUCAAGUAUUCAUAAUUUCACUUUUUAAUCCGCUGUCUUUGCUUCUCAAAUGACUUGCUUUGUCGCAUGUUACUGAACUUGACCACAAAAGAUCUAAAGUUCGAUUUUUAGCUUAUUUUCCGAUAAAGAUUCCAGUGAAAAACUAUUUGGAAGUUUAUAAGCGUCUCCAUAUCCUCCUUCCUGUUGACCAAUUUAUACAAUGAUGAAGAUGAUUGCUAUAUAUUUUCAGCUGUCUGAGGACCAGUGCUGGUUAUGAAGAAGUGUAUAUAUGAUAUAGUUAUUUAAAGAUGGGUUGCUCUGUGAGGGCCUUUUUACAUCCCUGUGAUAAUGGUUGAGAGGCCUUAGAUGAGUUGGUGCAAUAAUCCUCGUCGGUUGUUAAGCGUGAACAUGGAAUGGCUCCUUACAUUAAUCUCCACCCGACUGAAAAAAAACGACAUAGUGUUGUCAGAUUUCUAAAAAUGUGUACUCAUUCUAAAUCUUACAUUUUGGAAGAUAACUACACCACUUUAGGGUUUUUAGAUGAACCUCGGUCACAGUGUGUUCACAGUGAUUGUUAAUACGCUGUUUGUUACUGGAUUCAUUUUUUGUUUCUGUGUAUUAAUGCCUCUUUGACAAGGUGAGCUCCUUCAAUCCGCAUGGCAGUGUGAAUUUGACUCUACAUUCCCCAAUUUUUGUCAUACAAGACUACAAAUGUCUCAGUGAUUCGGCGUAAAUUGUGUGGUGGUUUUGAUUUCAUCUCAAUUGAAUGUGAUCUGUGAGUCACAUUAUCCUAGCAGAACCCCAAAGCAGAAAGCGUAUUCUUCUAUGAGAUUGUUUGUAUACCACUGCUGUCGAUAUGUGUGUAGUGUUGCCCUUGUAUUACGUGUUGAGGUGCCGGUCUCUGAGGUGGUUCACUGAAAAUCUGUACAUAUAAAGGAAAGUACACAAUC